AUGUCCCGGCCAUCCGACCUCAACUCUCGGUGGUCCGGCCUCAAGCUCUGGGCCAUUCGGCCUCAGCCUCCUCGGCCUCAACUUCUCGGCUUCUUCGGCCUCAACUCAGUUUCCAAAGGCCUCAACCGUUCAGCCUCCUCGGCCUCAACUUGGCCUCCAAAGGCCUCGACCAUUCGGCCUUACUUCAGGCUCAACCUCUCGGCCUCCAAAGGUCUCGACCGUUUGGCUUCUUCGGCCUCAACUUGGCCUCCAAAGGCCUCAACUUCUCGACUUCCUCGGCCUCAACUUGGCCUCCAAAGGCCUUACCUUCUCGGCCUCGUCUGCCUCAACCUCUGGGCUGCCAAAGGCCUCGACCGUUCGGCCAUCCGUGGCCUCAAGUACUUUGCCAAAUUUGGCAUCAAGUGUUCGGUCAUUCGACCUCAUAGCUGUUUUUCUUCAAAGGAAUUCCGGCCGGCCUCCCCGAAGGUCGGCAAUUGUGGAUCUUCAAUAAAGAUAUCCCGACCGGCCACACAGAUAGUGGGCGACCAUGGAUCUUCACGACUUGUUACUUGUAAGGAUCAAUUCAACAUUCCUCCAGCUCCCAACGUCCGUCCGCUUGGAGUAACGUUCGCCUGGUCUUCAACCCGAAGAGUGAUCUUUGAUGCCGUUAGCUGCGGCGGCACCUCCCGCUACCGCUAUCGCCAGUGUGGUGGUGGCGAAGGAAACGUUGGUGACUUUAGCUUGGUGGCUAGCCAUCUAGAGAAGGAGGAGAGGUCAGAGAAGAGGUCGGAGAAGUUGUCGGAUUUGCUGAACGCGGUGGAGACGAAAACAGAUGCGGAGGCGGAGAGGAAAGAGGAGGCAUUGGCGAAGCUGAAGCGAGUGGUGAAGGAGUUGCGCGAAGAAGACCUCUCGAUGCGAAGAAUUGCGGCGGAGAGAGUGAGGUCACUGGCGAAGGAAGAUGUCGAAGCGAGAGCGAAUCUCGCAGUGCUCGGAGUAAUUCCUCCUCUCGUCGAAAUGCUCGAUUCGGAAGACGCUCAUACAACUCGUUCGCUCUAUGCUUUGCUCAAUCUCGGAAUCAGUAACAAUGCAAACAAAGCGACUGUAGUGAAAAUCGACACUGUACACAAGAUGCUAAAACUAAUUGAAUCAAGUGAUUCAAAUUUGUCUGUGGCCGAAGUGAUUGUUUCGAAUUUCCUUGGAUUGAGUGCUUUGGAUUCAAAUAAACCCAUAGUUGGUUCCUCCGGUGCAAUACCAUUCCUUGUUAGCACCCUAAAAAGUUUAGAGGCUAGUAAAACCGUACCACAAUCCCAAUGGCAAGUGAAGCAAGAUGCUCUGCGCGCUUUGUACAAUCUUUCAAUAUGAUUGUACAACCUUUUGGUUAUUCUAGAGACUGAUUUGGUUUGGUUUUUAGUUAGCUCGGAAGAGAGCGUCCAGAAUAUUUGA